AUGAGUAAGCGGACCGCACUGUUGACUAGGGAAGAAAAGGAGUACGCGCUGUUUCUGUUUGAAAGUGAAAAGCAUUGCAAGACCAUCACAAUCCAAUCAGAGGAGGACGAAAUUUUUGCUUUUACAUUGAAAAAUCGACUUGGACUUCCCAUUGAGGAGGCAACAUACUCGAUGGUGGCAAAAGGAUCCGUGCUGUUACCGAAGGCCAGCACCGAUGAGUCGGGUUACGAAUCCUUGAUGGUUGGCGAAGGUUAUGAAGUAACAGAGUCAGAAUUCGAUACAACAAAUAAUGAUGGUAUUCAGCAACCGCCGCUAUUGUCUGAGUCGACGAUAGCAGCGCUAAACAAAAUGGCACACGGCUAUGUGACUAAAAAAAGAACAAUUAGGCUCUCGGACGCAACACCAGGAGCGAAGACCGACUUGAUGGACAUGCUGAGGCUACCAGAGAAAGGUUCCUCUUGGCCAAACGAGCCUUCAACCUUGCAGCGCGUUAGUGCGCAUUUGUGGCUUAAAAAGGGCGACGAACAUAGUGAGGAAAAUCGACUGGCAUAUAUGGCUUAUCUCAGAACUAUGUUGCAGAUUCCAGGUGACUACGAAUUGGCGGAUGUGCAACCAGAAAGGACGCUGCUUUCCGUGGAGCAAUUUGGAGGUAUGACAGAGAGUCGAAAAAUCUAA